UUUGGAGGGCGGGGUCGGGGUCGGAGGAUCAUUGGCAGGCGGCGCCUAAAACAUGUUGCCCCUGCCCCUUCGUUCCUGCGCUGCGGGGCUGGUAGCCUGAACUUGAACAGGCUUGGUAGACUUCAGAGAGCUAGUCACAACAACGUCCCGUCCGCACCGUGGAAUCGGGCAGUCUGUAAUUCAUGCCAAGUUGUUCAUGAUAACUUCACUUCAUUUAGCCUAGCCAAGUGAUUGAUCUUGGUCGAUCCCGGACUGUGGAUACCCAAGUCAAACCUUUGCACAGAAUGUCCAGACGCAAACUCGGAAGCCGACCGCAACACCUGACUGCAAUUCAAGAUGUCCCAGAAUCCGCAGCGGCCGCCCCAUUGGUGGAGAGGUCGUCUCAGCCAGAGGUCAGCAUGUGUGAUGAAGGUCGUGACCUCCUGACCUGUGGGCAGUGUGGCCAGGCCUUUCCUCUCGCCCACAUCUUGGCGUUUAUCCAGCACAAACAGGGUGGCUGCUGCUCUCGAAGCCACGCCCCCAAUGCCAACGCUCCUCCGUCACCAGCCAAUCGGGCGCAACCACGCCGCAUGAACACUCGCACGGGUGAGGGAUAUGUAGAGCUGAGGAGAGUAAUGGAUAGGGACGAGUCCUGGGGGGAGGAGCCCAAUGGGAAGGUGAAGGCGGAGCCUAACCGAACAGGCGAGGAGCCCUCCGGUUUUACCUGCCAGCAGUGUGAGGAUGUGUUCCCUUCGGCCUGGGCCCUUCUGCAGCAUGCCCAGCACACACACUCCUUCAGCAUCUACCAAGAGGAGGAGUUCGACGAGGAAGUGAGAGGAGGAGGACGAGGAGGAGGAAGGGGAGCUCGCCAACGACUCAAACCCCCUACCGCCACACUCGACCCCCGUCACCUCAGCCGUACCUUGGCCUCCGCCUUCCAGCCGUCCGGCUCGCGCAUACAUAACCACCACCAGAGCAACAGCUCCACCUCGGCCCGGUCCAACUCCACCCCUUCCUCCAGAGACCAGCAGGCCCUCAACUUCUCGGUGCUUCUGAGAGAGCUCGCCGAGGGGAGCGUUGGCCCCAGCUCUGCCGUCCUAGGCCUGGGCCGCUCUCCAUCCCUCUCCCCACCCGCUGCCUCUCCCUUCCCCCAGGGAGGGUUCCCCUGCGAGCUCUGUGGCCAGGGCUUCCAGUCCCUGCGGAGCCUGUCUGCCCACCGCAGAACCCACGCCUGUGAGAGGCCCUAUCACUGCGGCCUGUGCGACCAGGCCUUCUCCCAGAGCGGCCAGCUGGCCCGCCACAUGAGGAGCCACCGCAGGGAGGCCGCGGGAGGAGGAGCUGGCUACGAGGGGAUGGAGAUGAGGCGCGGGGCGAUGGAGGAGGAAGACGGGAAGCAGGGGGAGAGGGGCGGGUUUCUGACUCAAGAAGCAGAAGGGGGAGAUGGGGUGGUCAGCAGUGACCAGGGGAACUCUGAGCUGGACCUGACCCUCCCCAAGCACCUCUCCACCGGCUCUGGCCUGGUGCUGAUCACCCCCCAGUCUGGAGGUUCUAACAGGCGCCUGCUGAGGCUGUUCCAGCCCCAGAGGGAGGGAGGCGAGGCGGGGGAGGACGAGACGGAGGCCCAGGGCGAGACGCAGCACGCGUCGCCCUGCGCUAGCCCGUCCGAGGGCUCGCUGGAGAGCGGAGAGACGGGCGGGAGCGGGGAGAGCGGCAUCGCCAGCGGAAACUGCACUCCCAAACGCCCAGAGAGGGAUGAGAGAGGGAGGGGGGUUGGGGAAUGGGAAGGGGAGGUGGAGAUGGUGGACGGAGAAAGGGAUUGGAGCGCAGACAUAAACAGUGAGGUAAUCCACGACUGGCAGAGGGAGAACGAACAGAGAAGAGGAGGGGGAGGGGGAGGAGGAGGAGGAGGAGGAGGAAAUGGCACCAACAACAACGGCGCCUCCGGGAAGAAGAAGAGGGACGAGGCGUGCGAGUUCUGUGGGAAGCAGUUCCGCAACAGCAGCAACCUGACGGUUCACCGGCGCAGCCACACGGGGGAGCGCCCCUAUCGCUGCGGCCUCUGCAGCUACGCCUGUGCCCAGAGCUCCAAGCUCACGCGCCACAUGAAGACACACGGCGCCCGCGGCACCCGGGCGCCCUUCCUCUGCCAGCUGUGCAGGGUGCCCUUCACCGUCUACGCCACCCUGGAGAAGCACCUGAAGAAGGUCCACGGGCUGAGCCACGCCAGCGUGGGGGCGUACGCCCAGGCCAGCGCCGCCGACGCCAUGGCCGCCCCCAAGCCGGAGGAGGGUAGCGUGGUGGUGAAGAUGGAGGAGGAGGAGGCCAGCGUGGACCAGAUGGAGGAGGCGGCCAGCGUGGACCAGAUGGAGGGCGGUGGAGCAGAGGUGGACAAGAUGGGGAUGCAGGAGCAGCAAGGCCAGGAGGCCGAGGUGGAGGACAGUGUGAGCCCAGCCAAGCUGGAGGACUGUGUCAGGGGCAAACUGGAGGAAAAACUGGACGACAAGCUGGAGGAAAAACUGGAGGACAAACUGGAGGAGCUGACUGGUGAUGUUAACACAGAGGUGGCCUUGGUAUAAAACAAAAUUCCUCUCCAUGCUAAUGAUCUCUGUUGCCUAACCUACACAUCUGCAUGAUGAAUCAAAAGCGUCUCGAUACAAGUACAUUCGUAUGAAACUAAGCAUAGAACCGGUGGUCAGUUCAGACUAGAAAAAGCAGCUGUGGUCACCAGCCUUCACUUCCCUUUCCAAGAGACCCACCCACUCUCAUCCUGCUGAUAGUUAGCAUAUGCAAAGACGAGGGUAAAAACCAAGUGCCUUUUUGACCACAGUACUAAACUAGGACAUGCAACCCAAAGGGGGCGGGACUUAUGGGGUUCACAGGAAACAGGAAGUGAACCACCGCUGCUCAUCAGAACACAGGAAGUUGAUUACCGCUUUCCGACACAAAAUACAGGAGGAUCACAUGAUCUCCCACUCUGCAAACUGGUGACUAAUUUGGCAAUUAUUAAAGUAAUUUUUUUCACAAUUUUAUUCCUAUUACUCGAGUGAGACAACAGUUAGGAUAUGUUAAGACAUGGACAUGGGAGCAUAUCCUGUGGUCUUACCGUAAGGGUCAGACACAGAUAUCUUACUGCUGGAUGUUUCAAAUAAUCAAAUACAUGGACAUGUGAAUUUUUUGCCUAUAGUUUUAAUAACUGUCAGUUGAAAAGGCACUUGGCUGUGACAACACGUGUCUGUUGGAUGUAAAGUUUACAGGGCUGUGGAGCCUGGUGAGGUUGUGUUCCUAUCUUCGUGUAGGGCUGUUUGUUGUUUUAUUUUUACAAAUGUGAAUAUGUCAUACUGAUGUUUUCUUUGCUUGGCUUCUAUGCAUCUCAGAAAUGCAGUACAUAUAAAAAUAUGUACAAAUAUAAAACGGGUGUGAUAAAAAAAAAACGUAACUUUUUUGUACUUGACUAUUGUGGGGGAACUCUCUUUUCUUUGUUUACAUUUUUGUAAAAAAAAAAAAAAAAAAAAAAAAACCUGCUUGAAGCGUAUGCAUGUUGUACUGCCAUUUGAUGUUCAAUUGGUUCCUUUGCCUGUUUGAAUUAGUCCUUAUUUAUGGGCACUGCAUGUUAGUGGUUGUGCAAAUGAAAAGUCUAUAUACAGCUAAACUACAGGGUUGGGAGCUACAGUAAUAGCUAGUUGAUUGGUGGGAGAAUUUUGUGGGAACCACUGAAUGAGCACUUGUGUGUGAGUGUGUGUGUGUGUGUGUGUUGCGACAUGUGUGUGUAUACAGGGACAUUAUUCCAGAGCACUCUGCUUGAACCCACGCUUGUACUGUCCUGUGAGUACUUUUCAGGCCACGAUGUGACAAGUCCUGUUCUUUGUGCUUCAAGCCCACCAAGGGUCAUCGGCAUGUGUCAACAACAAGGACGCAAGCCAGGAAGCAAGACAAGCUAACAGGCUAGCGAGCGCCUCCGCUAGCUGUCUACCUGCGAUGGACACCGCUCUCUUAUGUGACUACUGUGACUUGUGUUGUCAUUAUCGUCUAUUUACACUGAUAGCAGGGAAUCCCUAUUUUUGACACUUUCUGAAAGAAUUGUAACUAUUACGCUUUGUGAAAUUAGACAAUAGGGUCGAUGUGAAUAUAAUGACGGGAAUAUGUCUGUUCAGGGACCAAUACUGUAUAUAGAGAAGGGCAGUCCUUCUGUGCUGUGUUGUCCACUGCCUGUAUUUGCUGUAUGCCUUGAACUCACUUUCCCAGCAUUCCGGUUGUAGUUUCUGUUUCUCUCUAUGCUGGGCCCAUUGCCGUGAGCCUAACCCUCACCACUGUCUCUGGCAGUUUUGUUAUUGACUUGGUUGUGAGAAAACUCAUUAAAAAGUACAAGAGGCAAAGCCAUACAAA